UUUCUUAUCUCUCGUUAUCCGCCUCCCCUUUCUCGGCACAAAGUAGUUUAUAGAUGUAAAAACUAAAACCACAUUUACAUGAAACUCGUUGGAUUCUGCUUCAGUCACCCGAAUCUCCUUUUGUUUUUUGAAAUAAUUGAAAUUUAAACUCGUAUCCUCACUUCUUCCCCCCCCCCUUCUAUUUAAACACUUUCUUCUUCGCUCAUUUCCUUUCAAACCCAAAUCAUUCACUCACAUUUCAAAUAAAAGAUGAACUCUUUUCUAUCCUUUCUUUCUCCUUUGAUUCCAGUUUUGGUCACCCUUUUUGUUCUUCUCCUUUUCUUAGAACAGAUCUCUUACUUACGAAAAAAGCGAAAUGUCCCUGGUCCAAACAUGGUUCUUCCUUUCUUGGGCAACGUAAUUUCUCUAGUCAGAAAACCGACAAGGUUCUGGGAAGUUCAAUCUGAGUUGUCAGCUUCUGUUGGGUUUUCCGUUAAUUAUGUUAUCGGGCGGUUCAUCGUCUUUGUCCGAAACACUGAACUUUCUCACCUUAUCUUUGCCAACGUUCGGCCCGAUGCUUUUUGGCUGGUGGGACAUCCCUUUGGUAAAAAACUCUUCGGCGAGCAUAACAUGAUCUAUAUGUUCGGACAGGAUCACAAAGCUCUCCGCCGUCAGAUCGCUCCUAACUUCACUCCCAGAGCGCUGUCAACCUACACCGCGUUGCAGCAGAUCAUUAUUCUCGAACAUUUAAAAUCUUGGGAGCGUCUUUCCUCAGAACCUCCCGAGCAGCCGAUUUCUCUCCGUCUUUUAGUUCGCGACUUGAAUCUGGAAACUUCUCAAACCGUUUUCGUUGGUAGGUAUUUAUCUCGUGAAGCUCGCGAGAAAUUCAGGGUAGAUUAUAAUCUUUUCAAUACGGGUUUAAUGAAGCUCCCAUUUGAUCUCCCCGGUUUCGCGUUCCGAAACGCCAGGCUGGCAGUUGAGCGGUUGGUCAAAACCCUUACUGAUUGCGCUGCUCAAAGCAAAAAGAGAAUGUUCGACAGAGACGAGCCUUCUUGUUUAAUCGAUUUCUGGAUGCAAGAAACAGUUAGAGAAAUCGUAGAGUCCAAAACAGCGCCGCUUCACUCUACCGAUGAAGAAAUCGGCAGUUACCUCUUUGAUUUCCUCUUCGCCUCUCAAGAUGCCUCCACCUCAUCACUCCUCUGGGCGGUGUCCCUCCUCGAUUCUCAUCCCGAUGCUCUCCGGAAAGUUCGGGAGGAAGUUUCGAGAAUAUGGUCGCCGGAAUCGGAUAUUUUAAUAAGCGCCGAGCAAUUGAGGGAAAUGAAGUACACGCAAGCGGUUGCGCGUGAGGUUGUCAGAUAUAGGCCGCCGGCGACGUUAGUGCCGCACAUUGCGAGGGAGGAUUUCCCGUUGACCGACUCGUACACGAUCCCGAAGGGCUCUAUUGUUUUCCCAUCAGUUUACGAGUCGUCCUUCCAAGGGUUCCCGGAGGCGGACCGGUUCGAACCGGAGCGGUUCUCGGAGGAGAGGCACGAGGAAGUGAUUUUCAAAAGGAAUUACCUGGCAUUUGGUGCUGGGCCCCACCAAUGCGUUGGCCAAAGGUACGCGUUGAAUCAUCUAGUGCUUUUCAUUGCCAUGUUCGUUACUUUGCUCGAUUUCAAGAGGCACCGAACCGACGGCUGUGAUGAAAUCAUGUACUGUCCGACCAUCUGUCCUAAAGACGGAUGCAAAGUUUUCCUGUCUAGGCGUUGUUCACGUUAUCCUAAUCUCUCUCUUAAUUGACCAAAAUGCCCUUCCUUGUUCUCUGUUUUCUUAUCUCUUAAAACUAGGAAUUGGUGUCCUGUGUUGUUCUUUCUCACGUCAUUCAGGGGUGGAACAGUCAAACUUUGCUUUUUGUUUAUGAUUCUUUUGUGUGGUGUAAUGUAUAGAGAAUUGAUGGACGGUUCGGAUUUUUUAAAAUUUAAAGAAAAAAUUUAUGUUGGAGUCAUUGAUGAGGGUGUAAAAUGGGACGGUGUUGAGGCGUCAAAUAAAAAAAAAUUUAUUUUGGAAUUCCAAUUAGAUUGCCCUUUGUUUCUCGUUGUGAAUUGUAUAUUACAAUUUCCAUGGAAUGGCCUUGUCUUAUUUGGGUAUCAAGUGAAAACAGUGAGUUUAGGAUAAGCUGUUCAUGCAAUAUAUAAAAGAAGCACGUUGAUAUGUUCAAAAGAGAAAUCCUUGAUAACAUUAAUUUAUUAUCACCAUAUUGGUGUGGUUGGUAACUGACAGCUUACUCAAAUAAUUGAGGUAUGUGAGCAUUAUCUUUCGAAGCCAAACUGGCAUUUUUGGGAAAAAUGUAGGAAUUCUAAAGUUUGAAAAUGUUUCCUUCAUCUCGCCUGCUUGUUCAAUGCUCAUAUUCUCGACUUCAACUCAUGUUUAUUUUUUAAAUUACAAGUAAAAAAAAGUGCUAAAUAUUGUAUUGCAGACAACCUAUGUUUUAAGGUUACAACUAUAGUCUUUAAACCGUAAGUCUUGUUUUGUUUUUGUUGCUUUGUGCAAUAGCCUCGAAAGAAAUCAAAAGAACAAAAAAAAAAAGACUAAUUGAAGGUGUUAUAUUAUAAAUUUAUAUACCAUAAGUUUGAAAGGGUGAAAACUGAUAAGGUAUACUUUUAUGUGCUUGAAUUUAAAUUGACUCAUGCAGGAUGCAUUAUCCCAUAAUUAGUAGCGAUUUCAUCAUUGACAACCAACACAACCAUACAUUACAUUUUG